AUGCUGCUCAACGAAAGUCAUAUCGACGUGCAAACAACCGUGGAUGGGAAGGAGACGUCGAUGAGAAUUUUCACAUUCCAUCCCACCAUCCCGCAAUAUCCUGAUGCUCGAUUUCCUGGCGUCGUGUUAUUCAGCGAGAUCUAUCAAGUCACGGGCCCAGUAGCGCGAUUCGCGCGUCAAAUCGCAGGUCAAGGCUAUAUUGUUGCUGCUCCAUCGUCGUAUCACGACUUCACUGGUCCCGAAGCCCUAGCCUACGAUGACCCGGGAACGAACCAAGGGAAUGAAUGGAAGGUGAAGAAGGUUCUUCAAUCAUAUGAUGAGGACUCCCACAAGGCGGUUGAUUACCUCCUCAGUCUCCCCACGUGUACGGGCAGGAUAGGCAGCACGGGAAUGUGUCUGGGUGGCCAUCUUUCUCUACGAGCUAGUCUUGAUCCGCGGAUAAGCGCAACCGUUGCGUACUUUGCUACAGAUGUACACUCCCGUACUUUGGGACCUCAUUCGGGGGCCAACUUGUCAGUCCAGGGCCCAGAGAACAGUAACCACACGAUCGACAAGCUCGGCGAGAUUAAGGGCGAGGUAGCCAUGAUUUUCGGCAUCAAAGACACCCACGUCCCGGACGAGGGUCGCGACUUGAUUCGACACAAGCUGAGGAGCUCUGGAACGGUCUUCAGCUUCUACGAAUUCGCGUGGGCGCAGCACGCCUUCAUCCGCGACGAGCUGAGCAAGGGUCGCUACGACCCGGCAAUUACCAAGAUCUGCUUCGAGGUGUUGUUGGAACUGUUCGGCCGAGUGCUAAAGUCAGAUCUGGGACAGAGGGACAAUAAGCCCCAGAAGAUUGAGCACGUCUGUUGA